ACAUGCAAGAUGAGCAAGAUGAUCGGACUCUAUAUAAUUUUGGUUCAUUUCAGCGAAUUGCAUUUAGCAAGUGAUACAGUGAUUCAGCCUAGUCCUUUCAUGACAGUUGAAGCUGGAGACGAUGUGACUUUGGAAUGUUCAUUUCCCAAGGAAAGUGCGUAUUUCGUGUUUUGGUUUAAGCUAAAUUUUGGACAGAGACCUUUUCUAAUAGCAGCAUCUCAUGCAUCUCGCACACAAGACACAUUCAACUCCAACUCCACACACUAUGAAGUGCAGCAAGAUGGGGGAAUGAUUCAGCUAAUAAUAUUAAAGACAGAACCAGCAGAUUCAGGGAUGUACUACUGUGGAACAAGGAAGAUUGUUGCCAUUUUUUUUGGAGCAGGAACCUUUCUGAGAAUAAGGGGCGCUGAAAAACAACCCAUUCAUCGGAUAGUUGAGCAGCAGCCUGUGUCUGACACAGUGCAGCCUGGAGACUCUGUGAGCCUGCAGUGUACAAUAGAGACUGGGAGCUGUGCAGGAGAACACAGUGUUUACUGGUUCAGACAUGGAUCAGGAGAAUCCCUUCCAGGAGUCAUUUACAGCCAUAGGAACAGGAGUGAUGAGUGUGAGAAGAGCCCUGAGGCUGGAUCUCCUACACGGAGCUGCGUCUACAGCCUCCCCAAGGGGAACCUCAGCUCCUCUGAUGCUGGGACUUACUACUGCGCUGUGGCCAUGUGUGGGGAGAUGCUGUUUGGCAAUGGGACAAAGAUUCACAUCCAAGAACCUUGCAUUACAGUUACUAUAAUUAUGGGAUCUGCACUAGUUUUGUGUGUGACUGUAAUUUUUACACUGGCCUGCACAAGAAAUAGGAGGACAUGCUGUGAGCAUUGUGCAGCUUGUGAGUCUGAGUUGGAGCAUCUCAAAGACCGUAAGGAAACAGACAGUCAGGUAAACAGCCAGUGAAUAUUCUAUGACCCUUUGUCACUGUACACACCUGACCUGAUUUCUUCCUUUUAUUGAACCUGAUUCCCAUUUUCCACAGAAUCCUGAU